AUGGGUCUAGUCGCUAGUGUUGGCAAAAACAACGAUGAAUUAGUUGACAAUUUGGUUAAACAUGAUUCAAUUAAAAAUGAACGGGUUGAGCGGAUAAUGAGACUUGUUGAUCGAGGCAAAUUUAUGCCAGAAAAUGCUGUGGAGGAAAAUGCUUAUAAAGAUUCUGCUUGGAAAUCGGAUUUGGGAUUGCCUGGAUUUUUACAUAUUUCUGCUCCGUGUAUUUAUGCAAAUGUAUUUUUGUUGUAAAUAUAUUUUUGGGGGUAUCCUUAUUCUUGAGUUUCCCGUAUUAGAAAGCUUUAAUUGAAAAUUGGAUGGUUUUAUGAGUCUUCGCAGAUUUUUUGAUACACCAAACUU